AUGUGGCGACGCCAAAUCACCGUUGAUGACAAGGCCAUCACCGAUGGUGUUGGCAUCACUCUGAAGCAAUCUCUCUUCCCAUGCUUGCUCGUGACCAUUCUUUUCUUCCUCUGGGGCUUUGCCUACGGUCUUCUCGAUGUCCUCAAUUCCCACUUCCAGUCUGAACUCAAUAUCACUGCCAGCAUGGCAUCGGGGCUGUCAGCCGCAUACUUUGGCGCCUACUUCCUUUGUCCCUUGACCAUCUCUGGAUGGAUUCUCCGCCGGUUUGGCUUCAGAGUGACUUUUAUGACUGGCCUUGCUGUUCUAGCAGUCGGCUGCCUUCUCUUCUGGCCUAGUGGCGUCAAAGCCUCCUUUGGCGGUUUCUGCGGCAGCAUGUUCGUCGUCGGCGCAGGUCUCUCCACCCUCGAAACCGGCGCGGAUAACUUCCUCUCCAUCUGCGGCCCUCCCCGGUACUCGGAAAUCCGUCUGAACCUGGCACAGGGUGUGCAGGGUAUCGGGUCGUUCGUCGCACCCUUGCUCGCCUCCCGCGUCUUCUUCGCCAAAACCGUGGAUACAAAGCAGGGGCUGAAGAACGUGCAGUGGGUGUAUCUUGGCGUUGCCUGCUUCGUGGUGCUGCUUAUUAUUUUAUUCUACCUGGCGCCUAUGCCCGAGGUGACAGACGCCGAUAUGGGGUUGCAGGAGCAGGAUAUCUCCAAUGAAGAGGUCAAGCCCUUCAAGAAACAGUACAACCUUUUCCUUGGAGUGUGGAGUCAGUUCUGCUACGUCGGCGCCCAGGUCGCUGUUGCAAACUACUUUAUGAACUUUUGCCAGGAGGCGGGGUAUAGUCCCGCGACUUCUUCCAAUCUGCUUGCCGUCGGCCAGGGCCUCUACACCUUCAACCGUUUUGUUGCUAGUGGCUUCAUGACCGUCGGCUUCAAGCCACGAUACAUCCUCGCCGUCUACCUCGGUCUCUGCUUCGUCUUCAGCCUCGCAGCUACCCUAAGUCGCGGCGUCGCCAGCGUCGCCAUGCUGAUUCUGGUUCUUUGCUUUGAGAGCGCCUGCUUCGCAACCAUCUUCACCCUCGCGCUCCGCGGCCUGGGAAGCCACACCAAGCGCGGCGGCAGUAUGCUCGUCGCCGCCAUCUCAGGCGGCGCGGCUAUCCCCCCCAUGACUGGAGCGGUGGCUACCAAGACCGGCAACUUCCACACGGCCAUGGCGAUCCCGACGGCGUUCUAUGUUUUGGCGUGGGUCUUUCCCGUGUAUGCCAACACCGUCAGCAGGAAACUGCUUGAUGGGCACCGAGCGACAGAAUUGAAUGUUAGUGUGACUCCUACGGCUAUGGAUAAGAACAUGCAGUUGGAGAUGGAGCGUGUGAACUCAAAAGCGGGUGGGGAGGUUGUUGAGACUGUUGGUGUCUAG